UAUCAAUCAACGCUGAUGGAUUUAUUAUAAUAUAUAAAGUAGGCAGAAACUCUUCAGUCCAGCCUUCUUAAUUUCUCAAGAAGGUUAAUGGCAGCUGCAGUUUCCAUGUUAAUAAACAGCAGAAUAAUAUGCAUAGCUUCAAGUUCCAGACUUGGGGGUUUUGAAUUUGAUAUUUCAUCACAAUCAGAUGGCUUCGGCGUGCUCUCCAUCUCCUCUCGCCUCAGAUAUUUGCAGAGAACAAAACUGCGACAGAUGCACAGGAUAAAUGCAGUUAUUAGAACAGUAAGCAGCUUUGAGCAAACUGAGGUUGAUAUCUCCCCAAGCCCCAGAGUAAAUUCGGUAAAGCUCUCAAAAACAGUGGCCAUAACUGAUCAGGCAUUAGCACUUACACAAGCUGGAGUGCCAGUUAUCAGAUUAUCAGCUGGAGAGCCUGACUUCAAUACCCCAAGUGUAAUAGCAGAGGCUGGCAUCAAUGCUAUCCGAGACGGUUACACCAAGUAUUUUCCAAAUGCAGGAGCACUGGAACUACGAUCAGCAAUUUGUCACAAGUUGAAAGAGGAGAAUGGGAUCUCUUAUACGCCGGAUCAGAUUUUGGUAAGUAAUGGAGCAAAGCAGGCCAUCCUCCAAUCAGUUAUAACAGUUUGUUCUCCUGGAGAUGAGGUUAUAAUUCCAGCUCCAUAUUGGGUGAGCUACCCAGAAAUGGCAAGGCUUGCUGAUGCAACACCUGUGAUUAUUCCAACCAACAUCUCUGAAGAUUUUCUCUUAGAUCCAGGGCUUUUUGAAUCCAAACUCAGUCAGAAGUCAAGAUUGCUGAUUCUUUGUUCUCCAUCUAACCCAACUGGGUGUGUAUAUCCAAGGAAAUUGCUUGAAGAGAUUGCUCAGAUUGUGGCAAAGCAUCCCCGUCUUCUGGUCCUGUCUGAUGAAGUAUAUGAACACAUUAUUUUUGCACCAGCCACUCAUACAAGUUUUGCAUCCUUGCCAGGCAUGUGGGAGAGGACUCUGACUGUCAAUGGAUUUUCUAAGGCCUUUGCCAUGACUGGUUGGAGAGUUGGAUAUCUUGCCGGUCCUGAGCACUUCGUUGCAGGAUGUGGAAGGAUUCAAAGCCAGUUCACUUCUGGUGCGAGUGGUAUAGCUCAAAAAGCAGGUGUCGCCGCUUUGGGACUCGGGUAUGCUGGUGGGGAAACAGUUUCCACCAUGGUCAAAGCAUUCAAGGAACGUCGCGAUUAUUUGGUUCAGAGUUUUGGAGAAUUGGCGGGUGUCAAAAUUUCAAAACCUCAGGGAGCUUUCUACCUUUUCCUUGAUUUCAGCUCCUACUAUGGGGCAGAAGCUGAAGGCUUUGGUACGAUUAAAAAUUCAGAGUCCCUAUGCCGGUAUUUACUGCAAGAGGCUCAGGUGGCCCUUGUUCCAGGCGAAGCAUUUGGGGAUGACAGGUGCAUCCGCAUUUCCUAUUCAUCAUCUCUGCCAACCUUGCAGGCUGCAGUGGGGAGGAUUAAGAAAGCACUAGUUCUUCUCAAACCUACUGUUCGAGUUUAAUUAAAUAGUGUUAUUUCCAAGUAAUUUUUCUUCUUAGAUCGGAAAGAUGUGUAAUUGUACCAUGAAUAAAAGUCAAGGGUCUCAACCAGUCCACUGGCGUCGCUUUCAUAUCUAUUGUAUUCAAGCAGAGACCAUGGAAAGACUGUAAAGUAACAUCCAAGAAACAACUCCAAGUAUGCCCUGGUUCGUAAACCUGAUGAAAAUUGCAUAUCAAUCAGAGACUAGAAGUUUGAACCGCAUAUUCUGCUGCACAGCACUGCUCUUGUUUUGAGCAUUUGGUAGCCUUGGCCUCUUCUGCCUGAGCAUUCACUUGCCAAGUGUAUUAUGGUAUGAUUUUAGGAGUCAUAUAUGCAAGAGGUUGAAUUCCGUCUGCCCAGGACUAGCAUGUUCCUUCUAAUGCCUUCAUAAUU